CACCACAAUUCCCGGCGUGCCGCGCGGCGCGGCCCGGAAGGACCCGUCAGCAGUCGGCCUUGGCCGGUGCCGCUGCAGCCGGCGAGCAGCGAUGGCCGGGCAGAUGGCGGUGCUGGGUUCAGCAAUCCUGGCUCUCCUGCUAGCUGGCUAUCUAGCGCAACAAUAUUUACCGAUGCCUACACCAAAAGUAAUUGGGAUUGAUCUUGGCACAACUUACUGCUCUGUCGGCGUCUUCCUUCCUGGAACAGGGCAGGUGAAGGUUAUUGCGGAUGAAAACGGGCACAACAGCAUUCCUAGUAUAGUGUCUUUCACGGACAGAGAUGUGUAUGUAGGAUAUGAUGGCCUAGAACUUGCUGAUGCAAACCCUCAGAACACUAUAUAUGAUGCAAAAAGAUUCAUUGGGAAAAUCUUCACUUCAGAAGAACUGAAGAGUGAAAGUAGCAGGUAUCCUUUUAAGAUUUUCAACAACGAUGGAUCCGCUGAAUUUUCUGUGACAACUAAUGAAACCUUUCGCGUAACUCCGGAGUACAUCGGCUCUCAGCUGCUACUCAAACUGAAGAGAAUGGCAGAAGACCAUCUUGGUGUGCCCAUUUUGAAGGCAGUCAUCUCUGUGCCAGCAGAGUUUGAUGAAAGGCAACGGAAUGCCACCAUUAAGGCCGCUAACCUUGCAGGGCUAGAAAUCUUGCGAGUAAUCAAUGAGCCCACAGCUGCGGCUAUGGCUUAUGGACUCCACAAAGCUGAUGUGUUUAAUGUUCUGGUGGUAGAUUUGGGUGGAGGAACUUUGGAUGUGUCCCUGCUGAACAAGCAGGGAGGGAUGUUCCUCACACGAGCCAUGGCAGGGAACAACAAACUCGGAGGACAGGAUUUUAAUCAGAGGUUGAUGCAGCAUUUAUAUGAUCAACUCAAUCAAGUAUAUGGUUCUCUGCCAUCAAGAAAAGAAGAAAUACAUCGCCUCAGACAGGCUGUGGAAGCAGUUAAAUUAAAUUUGACUGUUCAUGAGGCAUCUACAUUAAGGGUGUCGUUGACCAUGCCAGAAAGGAAGCUUACAAAAGAACUUCCUGAAAGUGAGGUGAAGCCAAAUACUUUUCGUAACAGCAAGCCUUCUCAGAAAAGAAAAGACUUGAAAAAUCUUGGAGAUGCUUCAGAUGGAGAAAACAACUUUGUCAAAGUUGUGUUUGAAAGAGAAAUUUCUAGGAAACUAUUUGAGAUGUUGAACGAGGACCUUUUUAAGAAGAUUCUUGUUCCCAUUGAGCAGGUGUUGAAGGAAGGCCACCUACACAAAGAGGAAGUGGAUGAAAUUGUGUUAGUUGGGGGCUCCACUCGGAUUCCUAAAAUACGUGAAGUUAUUCGGGAUUUCUUUGGAAAGGAACCCAACACCUCUGUAGACCCUGAUCUUGCAGUUGUAAUGGGUGUAGCUAUCCAAGCAGGAAUUGUUGGUGGGUCCUGGCCUCUCCAAGUAAGCGCUAUAGAAAUUCCCAAUAAGCAUUUACGAAAGACUAAUUUUAAUUAAAGAUAAACUCUUUCCCAUUGCAUCCCAUCUCUCCAAAAGCAUACUCUGAUGGUGCAUAUUCAGAUGACUGUCAGUGGAGCCUAACCUUUGCCAUAUAAUAUUUUUUUUUCUUUUUGUAAUCUAUUUGAGUUAAAUGUUACCUUAAAGGUACGAGGGAUUUUUGAAGUUCUGAAGUUGUCUUUGAAGUUGUGUUUGCUUCUAGAUUGGAUAUAGAAUGAAAAUCCUAAAGAUGAUGCUCUCACAUUCUUUUGCUAAAUUUUAUUAGCAAAUCUGGAAGAGUGUUUAAAAAUUAAAUAUAAAGGGAGCGUGACCAAAGGCUAGAAAUAAUACAGCAUUGUAGUAUGGAUGUUCCUGUGUCAAAUACAUUUUACUUGGAAGAAUGUGAAGCAGUGUUAAUGCACAUAGCACUAGCAGUGUUGAACUAAAAUUUAUUUAUUAAAAUGAGUCAUUUAAGCAUUGAAAAACCUUUCUAAAAGGCAUACUGCAGCUUGAAUGAGAUUUAUGCAUUCCGUUGAAUCUUCUGCUGUUCAUAACAGCAUACUAGUUUUACAAAGACCACGCGGCAAAUUACUGUCUCAUGUUUGAGUCAAAACAUAUUAAGAAAUUUAGCUCUUGCUAAUGUGGAGUUGCUUAGUGUGUCUACAAUGGCUAACUUCCUGAAACAUUCUGGAUGACAUCUUCCCCCCAGCUCUACUGUUUUUAGGGGAAGAAGUGCAGGACAGAAUGAACUGCUUGGAUGAAGUCUCAUUCCUCUAGUUGAUGAAAACUCAUCCAACUUUGUCUUACUUUUUAGCUAGAAUCUCUGCUUUAAGCUGUGUCAUAUCGCCGCUCUAAACUCAGCAUAGAUUUAGAGAUGGUAGCUGUUCAUCUGAGAAGGAAGCAGAGCCUGUAACUCAGGAUUUGAGGUAACGCUUCUUUGGACUUCAUUUUAGGCAAAUAUUUUGCCACUCACCUAUCUAGCAAAUAUGAGGAGAGAAGAAUGAUACAAUUGAAAAAAAAAUUGUGAAGUUUAGCUUUUUUAUGGAAAGUUAAAACAUUAAUUAAUGGGCCAAAGGGUUUUCUAUCUGUUUAGAACUCUACAGUGAAGACAUUUAGCUAAGACUUCUCUUCAUCCAUCCGUGCAGUCUUAAUCAGGUAAGCUCUAGUAACAGAUGAUUUUGAGCAUUUUCUUGUAUGCUCCAAAAAAUAACUUCGAUAAGCGUGCCAAGACAUAAAGUGUGGGCUUAGAUCUAUAGUUUAAACUCUGACCAUGUUAAAAUAGGCCUAUUAUUCUCCUGGCAGUAGACCAGAUCUAUGGCACUGCCUUCUCAAUUGUGCUGAUGCAGCUGUUUGCAUAGCUGUAGUCUAGACAUGUCUUUGAAGUAAUCCUAUUAAAAACCUCUGAAAUUGGAUUUUAGUUUUGUGCAGCCAUUCCACGGGUGCUGUUUAACUUGACGAAGAUUCCCAAAAUACGGAUGUUUAAUUUCACUGAGUUGAAAACUAAAGUGACUUUUCUGAUGCCUUUUUUUCCUCCUUUUGUACCUUUUGAAAGUGACUCUGUCUUCCCAUCUAGAUGGGAAUUCUAGUAAAAUGUGAUAAUAUAUUCAAAUAAAAUGUUGCACGUUUAUAAAAGUGAGGGAGGUAAGGGACUAAGGUGAAUAGCUAAAUUAAGGUAAGUUCCUGAGUUGAAGGAAGUCUUUUCAGUGAAGCUAUGGGUGGAUGCAAAUACACAGUAUAGUUCUCACAUGCAGUUGCCUUGCAUUUAUAUUUCUGUAUAUUCAAUCUAUUUUCCAGAGUAGUUGGAGUCAUUGUGGCCUUUUUUCUGCCCUCCUGCAAAUUCAUCUCAAAAUGUAGUGGAAUUUUUGUAGGACUUCAGGUUGUUUUUUGUUUGUUUGUUUAAUGCAGGUCUGCUUAUUUUACACAGUGCAAUAAAACAGAUUACAAUAAAACCACACUGCACCUGAGCUAAACUAUUAAAAGCUUUUUGCAGUUUUGGGACAAGUUAGGCAGAAAUGAGGGAGUUAACCUUAGACUGUUUAAACAAUACAAAUAAAUGAAGUACUAUUUUAUUUAGCAUACUCCUUCAGUCUGGAGGAGGUUAAAAAUCUCCAGUUUUAAUCUGGGAGUUGUAAGGGAAAGGCGAGUUGUUCAUUUGUAAAUAAAGAUAAAAAAUUCACAACAGGGUAUUUAUUCUUUCAGUUUUCUCUACAGAUUUAAGUAGAAAAGCUACUGUACAUCAGCUAUCUCCCAAUGCAACCUUAUUUAUUAAUUUUUUGCCUUUGAUCUUACUACUGUAUUUUGGCACAAACCAUUGUAUUUUAAAGAUGAGCAGGAUGCUGCACUAAGUGGGCAUUUCCAGCUAUGCAGACGUACUGCUUAUCAAAAGUCUUUGUUUAAAUAAAUUGAUGUUUGAAGGCUGAAAUCCUUCUACAACCUCUCCUGGAAAUCUUGAAUACGGUUGCCUGUGGCAUUAUGUGUAUGACAAAUUUGUACAGUUAAAGCUUGUAUUGUGAGUUGAAAUUCUGAAAGUCUAAGAUGCCUCACCAUUAGUAUAUUCCUGAAUUGUUUCCAAGUGCAGAUAAUGAAAUGUAUUUUAUAAAUAACCUUUUAGAAUGUUUUUAAUAAAAGCAAUUUCUGUCCUUUGGA